AUGACCUCAUCCUCACAACCACCAUCAACUUUGACCAUUUGUAAAUAUAAUGGACAAGAUCGAUCCGAAGUAGCCCUCGAGGCUACCCAUGUGGAUGUGAGUGGAUCCUUGGUGGAACUGCCAGCAAAUGCUCUGAAUGACUUGAGUCUCUUGGUACAAGUGCGCCUACCCCAAGGGCUGCGGGUGAUUGGAGAAUCAGCAUUCACCUUCUGUCCUUCGCUGCAAAUAGUAGAGUUUCCAGACAGCCUGCAGGAAAUCCGAGCCCACGCCUUUGAAUAUUGCACAAAUCUGUCUUCAUCAGAUGACAAUUCAAAGGUUUUGGAUCUUUCAGAAGGCAUCACAGUCAUUGGAGACCAGGCCUUUAGCAUGAGUUGCCAAUCCGUUGAAUAUAUACAGCUUCCUUCGACAUUGAAAAUUUUGGGCAAGGGUUCCUUUUCGCACCUGUCCGCUUUGGUGUCAGUGGGACUUCAUGAAAAAGGCAAACUUGAAACGAUAGGUGAUUAUGCCUUCUACGGGGCACACGCACUUCGCAAUGUUGCGAUACCAUCGAGCGUGACGUAUGUUGGGCGAUGGGCAUUUGGAAAAUGCCAUCAAUUGCAAAAUGCUGUGAAUGGUAAAAUGUUUGAUUCUUGUGAUGAUGAAGCAAUGGAGGAAACCCUUAGAAAUAGAUUCAAAGGGCUAUGGCUACACAAAAGCAUCUACUUUGAUGACGGUGCAGCCGCCAUGGAAUUGUCCGAGAUCGCAACUUCAGGUGUUUCAACUGAAAACGAAACGAAAAGAGACAGACUGGAUAUGACACCCUUGGACAUUUUGAUGCUCGCACCGAAACCAAACUAUGAUUUGGUUCCAGUCUUAGUUCAACAGUUUCCAGUCACUGUGUCGGCGCCAAAUGGUAACAAAUGUCCUGCUCACUAUGCCUGCGCUCGAAAGGCGCCCGUUAGUGUUGUCGAAACGCUGAUAAGAGCCCAAAUGGAAGCUAUCUCUGAAAAGCACAGUCAAGGAGCUGCGAUGCCGCCAUAUUGGACAUCGUUAAUCGCAAGGGCUCAUCAAUCCGAUGCCAUUGACAUUCUCCAGUUAUUGAUAGGAUUGCGAUUUAGCGGCCACUUUCACAGCUGGAGGCUCGAUCGUUGGAAACAAGACACAGAAGAUAGUAUCUGCAGACUGUCGUCGUUUCCGAACAAAGAGGAUCGAACGGAACGGUUGGUUCACGUGGAAGCAAUCCACGAAAAGGCAGAGAUAUACCAACGAAUGGAGAUCCUCUCUAAUUUGGAAUUGGCUGUGUGGAAAUCCAGCAUUCAGCAUACUGAACUAGAAAACAAGACCUCUGUGGCUGCUACCCAUGUUAAUCGGGAGCACUGUCGCAUCUAUUCUGGCUCAGACUCCAUCUUAUCCAAUGUGAUUCCCUUUCUUGACGAGGUGACGCGGCCGAAAAGUCAGAAUUACUCUCCCGCCCCAUGUAGUUACUAG